AUGCAAGAGGACUGGGGACGCACUCAGAAUGCCAAAGCAUUGGCCAUUCUGGAGGUCAAGGAUGCUGUCAUCGAACGUUUGGAGCAAGAGCUUUCCAAGGCUGAAAUAGAAGUGGGUCACUACGAAGAACUGGCACAACAGGCAGGUGUCCGUGCAGCUUUGGCCACCCAGACCCAGAUUGAGGCGACCAAGGGUGAACUGGCGACUCUGCAGAGUGCGAACGUACAUGAAAUCCAUGAUUUCACCGAAUCCGAUUGCGAAGCAUUGGCAGAGAUGGCAGAACAGGCUGAACGCCGUGCCUGGCGAGCUGAGGAAGAAGUUGUUUCUCUCAAGGCAGAGAGCGACGAUGCGAAGCAGAAGGUCAACUUUUUGACCAACGAACUUGCUGCAUCCAUGGCGGCUACAGCGGUGACAGCACAUGUCCAAGCACCUCAAAAAGUUGCCGAGUUUCAGGAGGCGCUCCAAAAGUCCCAACUGCCAGCUCACAGAGCCCGGCCAUCUGAAGCCAUGAAGGGCUCAACGAAUGGCAGAAAACCGCGGAAAGUUGUUGCUCAAAGAUCUCAAAGCGUGGGAAGCCGCGAGCGUAGCAGUGACAAGGCAAAUCUACAGUCAACUGCAAAGCCUGCGCUGCCGGCACAUCCAGAAACGGGAGACUUGGGAGAUGUAAGUUGGCUCAAGGACGAGCUCUUGCAAGAAGAACAUGGGCUGCUUCUCCUUGCUUCAGGCAAGCCAGGAUCACAGUCUCCACAUCAAGGGCUUCGAGAAGCAUUGAGAUUUGAACAGUUGCGGGCGGAGCGUUGUUCACUGGAGCAUGACUUGGAACAACAGCGAUUUGCCACAAAAGUGGCCAUGACCCAGCUGCAUGAAGCAGAACAACGGAGCCAAGCAGCAGCCGUUUUUUUGCCACAAGUCAGUGUUUCCUUGGAACCCAGCAUCAGGAAGAUGCAGAGCACAUGCAAAAAGGAGAUGCAUGCCAUUCAAACAAGCGAGAUGGACGAACAGGGUCAAGUUGUAGAAUCUGUGGAAUGUCAGCAAGAAGCGGACGACCUGAGGCAGGCUUUGCGGGAGGUUGCGGAGUCCAUGCAGCGACAAGCCCGACAAGCAGAACACGAAGAUCCACAACAAGGCUUCUGGAAGCAAGGCGUAGCAGAGCUCGUUGGCCAAGUGAUGCUGCUACUGGGUUCAGUCAACGACCUGAAUCUGCAACUUCGUUGCGCAGAGAUGGCGAUAGAGGAGGCCCUUCAUCGGCAUCCAGUGCCUGAAAUAUUGGAAGAAUUGCAAUCAGUGGACCUGCGUGCACAAGAGGUCUUGAAUGAAUCCAAAAGUUCGGCGGCCAGGUGUGAAUUGCGGCAAACAGCAUCCCAACGGACCAGCGUUUUGCACGACAUUGCCGACACCCAGGGGCAGCUCAGGCAAUUGAAGCUUCAGAAUGAAAUUCUUUCAGAUAGAAAGCAGCAAGUCAGCAAAGCAUUGUCCAGUCUCCGGACCCGGCAGCAGAAGCUCCUCGCAGAAGAGCUAAAAACUGAUGAAGUUGGUGAAUCAUCGGCUGUCCUCCGAACAUUGUUGGAUGAAACCAGCAAGGAAAGUCCUGCCACACAGCAAGUCCUUGCAGCCGUCCUAGGAGCCAUCGCACGAGCACAGUGGCUGGCCGUAAAAAACGAGAUGACAGAACAUACCUGGAAAAGUUUGGCACACACUUUGGUGCCCUCCCUGCCCAUGGCAAUGCCAUUGCCAGCAGAACAAGGUGGGAGUGCACUGAGUGCACCAUCCAAAGCGUAUAGUCUCAGUCAGGACCAGCUGGAAGCACAGGUUGCAGCUUUGACCUUGGAAUUCCAUCAAGGGAUGGCUGAAUGUGAAAAGUGUGAGCUGAAAUCACAAACUUUUGAGGCAACUAUUGCUGAACAACUUGAAGUUGCUGAGAAGAAAGCAAAAACCGAAACAGCUCAGCAGAUGGAUGUGUGGCGGAAGAAACUGUUUGAGACCUGUACGAUAUUGCUCCGGGAUUCGGAGAGUUGGCAAACCACAGCUUGCGCUGAAGUUCGUGAACGUGGACUUGAGACUGAAGUCGAAGAAUUGGCAUCCAUGAACCAAAGAGCAGAAGAUCGAAUCGCGAUACUAUCAUCUCACUAUGAGAAUUUACAGACCUCCUAUGUUGCUGGCCGUGGCAUUCCAGCACACAAUGGUGAUCCGUUCUACAGCCGCCAGCAUGUGUUAGAACUGAAGUCUCAGCUGCGUCAUGUAAGAAAGGAACUGAACGCCGCAAGAGACCGCUGUGACGGUCUGAAAGCCGAUCGGAACCCGGCAGAUCCGGCCGAUGCGGCGGGCCAGACAGAAGCUCCAAGCCGGACUCCGCCCCUUGAUCUGGAGCAAGUUUGCGGUGCUGUAACCUCUAUGGCUGAAAGGGUGGAGCACAUGUGCAUGGAAGCAGACAGGAGCACAAGACAAUCAGAAGGCAAUCUAGUUCUGCAAGAGUUGGCCAGUAGCAAAGAAUGGUGUGAAGAGGUGCAAGCAGGACUCAUGCAACAAAGAGAGUUUUCGGAGCUGCAUCUUUCAGGCAAUGGGCCAAGUAUCAUCAGUGAAAGCGAAGGCAGUUUUUUGGUUUCACAGUUUGAUGCUGAGACCCUUGCAUUGCGUGGUGGCGAUGUUUCUACCGGUUCUCAGAGGUCUGGCGCCGUCCUUCAGCGCGUCGAGGCCGUUUUCCAAGCACAGCAUGACCUGCACCGGGGCUACAGGGCCGUUCUGAAGGAGAUCCAUGAUCUGCAGCUCAAGAAACAAUUGCAAGAGCAGGAGCUACAGGAUGUGCGGGAAGCAUCCAGCUUGCAGCGCCGCCAACAAGAGGAAACCGAGGCGAAGAUGCUGCAACUGCAGCAAGAGGAAGUUGCGAAGCAGGAGGCUAAAGCCCUGGCAGUUCAAGCACGGUUGUCAGAAGCAGAGCAUUCCGAGUUUCUGAGUCUGCAGCAGAAACACUUUGAGGAGUUGCAGCAGUCGAUGUUUUGGCAAGGAAAAGCCGAAGAGGAGAGGGCCAAAGAGUUUGAGAUGCGACAGUUGGCAUCAGAACAGGAGGUCGUUGAAGCCACCGCCCAACAAGAAAGCCUCAUGGCCAUGCGCUCGACUGAUUUAGCGAGAGCCAAAACCACAGAAGCUGACACAGUAGCUCUCACAGCUCGACGUUUGCAGUCAAUGUCUGAGACGUUUUUGGCCGGAAGCCCUUUGGUUGAACAGGGGUUGACGAAGUUGCGCACCAGCCUUACCAAUGUUCAGGAGGAACUGAACAAAAGGGCUGUCUGCAAUCAACAGCUGCAACUGGAGUUUGAUGAAGCUUGUGCUGAACAUGCGGAAGUCAAAAGGCAGUCAGAUAGAUCUGAGGAGAUGAGUAUGGAGCUGCAAGAGCACGUCCAGCAACUGAUGCUUCCCUCCUUAGCUGCUUGCGAGAUCCGCAACGCAGAAGCCAGCUUGGAUGGCUGCCAGGAGGAAUUGGAGACAUUGUCCAGCCAACUACAAACUGGUAGGUCGGUAUGCCAACAAAUCUCAACGGAAAGGGAUACGCAGCUCAAUGAAGCCAAAACUGAAGGACUCCUAGUAGAAGAACUGAGAUGUACCAGUCGCCAGCUAGAGUUGAAAUUGCAACGAGCUGAAGCCAAGCUUCAUACACAGGACCGACGCUACAGGCAAGAACGAGAGGAAUGGCAUCGCAAGUUACGACAGAUGCAGCUCUCCGAGCUUCAUUCCGAGAGUGAAGUUGUGGAAGUUGUGGAGCCCCUGGAUGUGUCGUUAACUGCGAAGAACGAGGCCUGGACAACUCGAAAGGCACAGCUGCAGAAGGAACUUGGAGAACUGGAGUCAGAGUUGGAAGCAGCAAAGCGCAGGGACAGCCUGCAGCGCAAUGAGGCUGAGGCCAGGCAUCAGGCAGAUGAGAUCAGGAAAGAUGCAUUGCUUCAAGAAGUUAAUUCCGCCAGAGGUCAUGUAGCUGCUUUGGCUCAAGAAAUCGAUCGCUUGCAGGCGACGCGGGAAGCAAAAACAGGAGAUAAGGCGGAAAAGAUCUCUGAUGCAGUGCAGCGAGAACACAGAGCCGACAGAGCAGCGCGCUCUGAUCCCAAGAGAAAACAUUUGGAACGCCUAUUGGCUCAGCAAGAGAAGCAGGAGUCCCAGCUCACUGAGCAGAUUGACGCUUCAAAGAAAGCGGCUUCUGAUCUGCGUGAACGCAUACGAGAUGCCAAGCAACGACUGGCUGUCAGCCGUGACGAUGCUGACCGUAAGAAGGCCCUUGUAGCUACGCUGCAAAAGAGAUAUAAGGAAGUUUCUCGUCAGCGCCUUGAAGACGCGCGACAGGAAGAGGACUUGUCCCGAUCCUUGGCGCAGAUUCGGCGAGAGUCUGCGCGAAAAGAUGCCGCCAUCAAGAACUUGCGGAGCGAAGUCUCCGAGAGCCGUCGCCUGGAAGAAAGAUCUUCUAAACUCCUGGAGGCUAAACAGGCGGCAGCCAGUGGGGCCCGCACAAAGCACGCGAAGGUGAAAGAGGAGCUGAAAGCAGAGCUGGUCCAAAGAGACCGGGAGUUGCACCAUGCGGAGGCCAAGAUGCAAUUGCUGAAAGCUCGAGCAGCGGGUGAGCAGAUGGAGGCAGAGAAAUCCCAAGCUGCAGGAUCCAUCAGCUCCAACUCUGCAGUGGUUUAUGGCCGCAAAUCAUUAGCUUCACUGGCCGAUAUCGAACCUGUCGAACCAGACACGCCCCAAGCAUCAGUUUCUACGUUGCCCCGAGACAGCUUCGAGCAGCAUUCGCUCAGAAGCUCUGGCAUUGGAGCACUGGAGCAAGAGUUGUCCGGCGUGCUCCUCCGAGCCCGCAUACGAGCAAAAGAGAAGAGGAAGAAGGUCAAGAAGAAUGAGAAACUCAGAGCAGAGCGAACUGCGAAGCAGGUAGUGAAGGACGCCGCGAAGGCCGCAGCAAAGGCCGCAGCCAAGGCGCAAGAACCACGCCCACCCAAAGGCGCCGACACAAAUCAGGAUGGUGAUCAGAAGGUGCCGAAGAAACGUGGUCGCCCGCCAAAAAGACAGGCACCCGAGGCUGAGGUGCCUGAGAGCACUGAGGCAGCAGAAGCUCCAGAGAUCGCAGGAAAGCUGAUAGAGCCAGACGAUCCUACCUUGAACGAAAACGAAGACCGUGUGCCGGAUAUCCCAGAGAUCAGCCACUUGGACCAAGCGCCACCGGAGAAUGCGGUGCCCCGGCGGCCCAGCUUGCUGCAAGUGCCGACCACUCCAUUGGAAGAUCUCCAGGGCGAGUCCCCUCAACCUGAUGCCGAUGAGAAAUCUGAGGUGGCCAGGCAAGACGAGAAGGUGGAGUUCGAUGGCCCAGCACCACCUGAGUGUGUGACAGCCUUCGCGGCGCUGGCAAGGCACGUGGCAUACGAACUUCCAGCAGACAGCUCCGCCAAAGAGAAUGCGCUCUUAAAGGUGGCCCGAAGUUUGUCAGACCUCGAGCUUCCUGAGAUCAAUUUCUUACUGCGGGAGGUUCAGCUCGGCAUGAUGGAAAGAGCAGGGCUACCUCGCAGGGCAAAAAGCCAGGCAGCUCCUGGCACAGGUCCAGUCAAGUUCACUCUUCCUUGGCGUGUUGGUCCAGACAAUGAGGACCGGAGCAGCGAGCUCCAGCAUGUCAAGGCCUUGCUUCAGUUUGGUCAGCUCCAUGGAGAAAACUUCAGGGACUUCGCGGAGAAUUUGACAAAGGCGAUGGAGUCGCGGGAAGCCUGGCAGGUGGCAUGGCAACACCUUGGCCUCCACGAACUUUCCGAUGAGGACCGGGACGAGUUCAACAGGCUACUGGUGAUUUCAAUGCUGGCAUAUUCGACUGAAUCUGACAGAACUGAAGUGCUCUCGUGGGCACUGGCCGACUUGGUAAGGUCCCACAAGAUCAAGCUCCGAAUUUUCAUUGAGGCUGUCAAUGAUACAGUCACGGACAUCGGCGGAAGCUUUGAAUCAGUGCCAGAGUUGACGCAGGUGAUUUCUCUGCUGCUGGCUGCCCUGUACCCUGCAUUUGCACCCAACACCGGCUAUGGUUGGUGUCGAGCCGGCUGGCGUUUCAAAGAUUGGAUGAGAAUGGUGGAGAACUUGCUUGGAAACGUGGAGGAAUCGUGGGGUUUGGAACUCUUGGAGGGCGCACUGAAGCUACUGGAGAAGCUCCCAGAUGGGCAAGUACAUCCGUUUGCAGUGUCGCAAUCUAAGUGA